UUUAUAUUUCAGUUUGGUUGUGAGUUACUAUAAUUUCAUACAUAUGCAGGAAUGCUUUCAUCUAGUGAACCUGGGAAUAUUAAUUCAGAAAUUCAAAAAGAAGAAAUAGAAAAUCAUCAUUGUUGGAAUCUUGAGACAAUUCCUACUGAACUAUUUCUUUUAAUCUGUUCAUUCCUCGAUGCAAAAUUUGUGAUAAGUACGUUGAGUCAAGUUAAUAAAAGAUUCUAUGACAUAAUUAAAGAAUAUACGACAUGGAAAUUUAGAAUAACCAAAAGAUGGCCCAAAAAGUAUCCAAUUGUUUCUGUUCCUGAUGAAUUAUUUGACUGGAAGAAAGCAUGUGUUCAACGUGAAGAGCAGUAUAAGUUAUGGUCACAAUGGGAAACACAUAUGAGUUAUUUUUGUAUUUCUGGUGCUCACUAUGCAGCUGUUGAUGUUGUUCAUUUUCUUGAGGGAAGCCAUCUUUUUGUAUCUGGUUCAAGAGAUCGAAGUUUAAAACUUUGGGAUGUUAGUAAAUUUGACUCUACUCAGGCUUCUUCAGAUUUCAGAAGUUGUCUUUCAGAAAUUAGAAUUGAUGCCCAUCAGGGAUGGAUAUGGUCACUAGCAUCUGCUGGACAUCAAUUUUAUAGUGGAGGUUGGGAUGCAAAUAUAAAAUGUUGGGAUAUGAAGGCAAAUUUUAGCAAUGUGAAAAUUGUCAAUUGGAACUCUGCAAUUUUGUGUUUAGAUUACUUCGGUAAUUUACUUACAGCUGGUACUUAUGGUAAACAAGUAUUAUUGUUUGAUCCCAGGACUAAAUUAGACAGUGUAAUGUAUCAUGCAAAUCAUAAAAGAGCAGUCUUAUGUAUUGCUAUGGAUGAUAAUUUUAUAAUCACUGGUAGUGAAGAUCAAUCAUUAAUAGUUUUUGACAAGAGGAAUAGGAAAUUAUUAAAUGUUAUAAAGUUUCAAGGCUAUCCUAUGUCUCUCUCUUAUGGUUAUGAUCAUUUAUGGGUUGGAGAUAAACAAGGUGUAAUUCAUCUAAUUGAUCCUACAAAUGAAAAAUUUAACUUAGUAGAAACAUAUAAAAUUGGACAUGUUGGUAAAAUAACUGGAAUUUCUCAUUCAUUAGGAAGUGUAAUUACAUGCUCAACAGAUAAGACUAUAAGUAUUUUAGAACCUAAUGCUGAUCCAGAAGUUAUAACAAAAUUAUCACUUGCAGGAGAAAUUGCAGGAAUUGCAAAUGUUGGACAAAUGCUGCAGUGACAAAUCAGCUUUUUCUAAAGAAACCAAAUGAUUAAGAGCUUUACUGCUACCAUUAAUAAUUAAAUAUCAAGUAAUUUGAAUAUUCUGGAAGAAAAGAAUUAUCCUAGAGUGGGACUUGAACCUGAAACUACUGCUUACUGUGCAGAUGCAUUGCCAGUUACACUACCUGGACCUCUGUCUGAUCCCUCACUUCCAGACGUAUUUAAUUUAGAUAAAACCCUCCUUGGUUACUUAUGGCACUGAAUUGAGACAAGUUCAGCACCCACAGCCUAUUUCAUUAUAAAAUAUUGGGUUUUGACGUCUAUAUAUGUAUCAGUUUUUUCUUUAAUAUGUAACAAUAAAUACUUCCAAAAGAAUCUAGUUUAUUCCAAAGAUUCUAAAUGCAAUUGAGAUAUAAGUUCUGAAUGUGUCAAUUAGACUUUUACAUGCUCCUAUUCUCAAAUUAGCCCAUUACAAAAAGAACAGUAUGACAGUUAACAUUGUCAUCAGGAUAUUUAUCAUAUGGAAAAAGUUGUCACAAUGUAGAUAAUUCAGAUUGUUGAAAAGGUAGGAAGAAUUUUUCAAUUGUAAUUUUGUCCAUAAUGACCAGUGAUUCAAUUCCAAAGCCUGAAAAUAGUUAGAUACUGUCUGUAUAUUAAUAAUAGGAUAAUAUAAAAAUGUAAAAUAAUGGGUAGGGUAAUAUAAUUUAUUAAGAAUAUUACUUAACUUGGUUACAAUGAAGUUAUUGACGAGACUAUAUCUCAUCUCUAAAAUUGCACUGCUAUCAAUGGCUGCAUACCUUAGAGGUAUGAAGGAGUACAUGUCAGGAGUUGCAAUUUAGCACAGAGUAUUUGGUGCCCAAAAUAAACCAAACUUGUAGGUAGUCAGGGAACUUGAGAACCAGGUAAAAAAAAAAAAUACGAAAUGCUGAGACUGUUUCUACAAACAGUGCGAGUGCAAGAUUUGUGCAUGCAUUGCUUGCGCUCUCUGAGACAUAGUCUCAUCCCAAAAAUGGCUUCUCUGUUUUACUUGUUUUAAAAAUUCAUCUUAAACUCUAUUACUAUUAAUAGCAUCAUGGUUUUUAGAAAAUUAAAUGUAACAAAAUGAAUAAGAAACAUUAUUAUUAAUACAGUAGUUUGUUAUUUGUAAAGUUGUAGACACAUGGAUAACUUAUACCAACUGAUUGUAUCAUAAGCAGAUCUUGAAUUCUUAUUGCAAUGUCUCAGUUUUGAAUAUAGGUUAUAUAUUUGAAUGUCAACUGAAAAUGAAUAAUAUAUUUUAAACAUUUACUUUAUGUGAUAACUAUACUUUACAAUUUUUGAUCAUUUUACACAAUGUUUUAUAUGUAAUGAAAACUUAUAUCAUGUAAUGAUGACAAGGCCAAGUUUUCACAGGUAUGAACAAUAUAAUUAGUAUGACUUCCUGUGAUCUCUGCUUCAGAAAUGCAAAAUAGUACAAAACAGAUUUACUUGGAUUCUGAUUCAAAAAUAUGCAAACUAGUUAAUAAACAUUUUUAUAGUAUUUAGAUGAUACAUGAUCAGAAACAACUUUAUCAGGAAUUUAAUCAUAUCUUAGAAUUUGAAAUUGCAUAAAGCAUUUAUAAGAUGAACUUUGAUCUUCAUUUCUUUAUAAAUCAGUCAGAUAUCAGUUGUAUUGAUAAUAAUAUCCAUUACUG